CUGAAGAUGGCUAUAUGGACCGAGUCCAGUCUAUUAUUUGCAGUGCCAAAUUUAAGGCAGUGUUUCUCAUGUUAUUAAUAUCCAUGGUAUGUGUUCCGCUUGUUGUCUAUUUUUUCAUGGAUCAAAUUGUUAAGGAGAAGAAUGAAACAUCCACUUGCUUAGUAAAUUCUACGUUUCGGGUGUCGUGUGGAGGAGUAAAUAUUUCUCAAAGUGAUUGCUUAAAUAUUCAUUGUUGCUAUGAUGUAAAUUCUCAAAGUUGCUAUCAUUAUUUACCAUCAAAAUAUUAUUAUGCGAUCAAUAAUAAUGAGUACAAUCCCUCAAUUACAACCACUCCUUUUAAAAAUGAGAUGUCGAGUAAUAUCGGUCUGGUAGUUACAACUUUAAAUGAUAACAAAGUAAAAAUAGUACUUCACAAUGGCAGUAAUACUGAGCAAGAUAGCAUAACUGAAUCAAAUGGUUUUAAUAUAAACAAAUUGGACGAUCCGCUAAUGAUAGAAGUGAAAAGAAACGACGAAGUUUUACUGACAACAUCUAGAGGACCUUUGAUAAUGUCAGAAAAUUACUGGGAGUGGACUUUAUUCUUAACAGAAAAACAGCUCUUUGGUCUUGGCGAAACCCUUAUCCAACUGGAGAAAAAUGAGUCUAUAACUAAAGUGAUAUAUCCUAAUAAAAAUAACCACAACACACCCCCUGUAUUUUGGGCAUUCAAAAAUGGUAACUUUCACGGUAUUGUUAUUCGACACGAAGGACCAGUAGAAGUGACAGUUUUGUCUUCAAAUUUGAUUAUAUUAAGGGGGCUUUGUCCUUCUGACGUCGAAAUUGAAUUAUCUAUCGGUGGACCACCAUCGUUUUUAAGACAGUUGCAAAAUAAUGUUACCCUGGAUUACGAUAUAAUCGAUAAUAUACUAAAAACACAUAUAUGCAGGUUCAGUGAUAAGCUUGCAUUGACAGAUUUGCUAGAUGAAUAUGACAUGGAUGAUAAUUUUGAUAGUGAUUGUAUCCAUGAAAAUUUGUUUUUGUCUUUAACAAACAAUCCGUCUCCCGAAGAAAUUGAAAAUUUAAAAGAGACUAUUACAAAUUUAAAUAAAUCCUUCUACCUUGCAAUUCCACCUCAUGUGAUAAGUAGUUCAGAUUUUUUCUCGAAGAUACAUCCGGACAUAUUUUAUCAGUAUAAUAAUGAAAAUUACAUCGGAAAAUAUUUAAAUCAGUCCGUAGUUUAUCCAGAUUUUAGUAAUCCUUCAGUGACGGAAUAUAUGAAUGCUAUAGAAGAAGUAAUUAAGGAUUAUGAAGAUUAUAUUGAAGGCUUUAUUUUAACUAAAAAUUGGCCGCAAAAUGACGAGAGUAUGGAGAUUACAGACACAUUUCCUUAUUUAGGGGAAGACUUAAAGGCAGCCAUUACAAAUACAAUACCUUGGAAUGCCACCACAAAAGACAACGUGCCUCAUAUUUACAAACACAACACAUAUGGCGAAUCAAUGGUAGAAGCUUUUAAAAAUAAAUUCCCAGAUAAAACAAUUAUAUCCUCGUCAAAUUCAUUUGGUUCAUUUCAACCGUCAAUCCUAGACAACGUGGAUAUAAGUUGGACCAUGUUUCUACAUUUUUUAAGAAAUAUUUUAUUUAACAGUGCAAUUGGAAAUUAUGCAGUUAAUUUGCCCGUAUGUGGUACAAACGCCAAUUACAAUCAAGCUAAUCAAGAAAAUCUGUGCAUGAGACUAUAUUUGCUAGCUGCAACAUUACCAGGAUUUACCGUCACUUCAGUGGAACCCAAACGAAAUCCAGAAAAUUUUAAAUAUAAGUUUUAUGGUAAUAUCGUAGAAAGGGCUAUGAACAUACGGAAAAGCUUUUUACCAUUUUACAAAACAAUUUUAAGUGAAGGCAAACCGCUGGUAACUCCGAUGUUUUAUUAUUUCUACGAGGAUCCUGCAACAUUAUCCCUCGAUCAGCAGUAUAUGAUUGGAAAUAACAUUCUCAUCGCACAUCCGAUGACCAUGAGACAAUACAGUUUAAAUGUAUAUUUUCCGAAGGGUGUGUGGUACGAAAUGUGGGGUGGGGAAAUACAAAACGCUACCGUAGGUGGAUGGCACCGAAUCACUAUGGUCGAAACGGAUUGGAUUGGUUUCAUAUCUGAAGGAUUUAUUUUAUCAGUUGUUAAUGAUCAGUCUUUGACGGUUACCGUAGCAUUAAGCAGCGACAAAGGCAAAAACGCAACGGGAUCAAUAAUUCUUGGCCAUGCGAAACUAACAUUCUCUUCUACUAGCAACCACAUGACGAUAUCUCAGUUUGGUGACUGCACUAAUAACUAUAAAAUCAGUGUCAUCAAAUUAUUCGAUGAAACCACCACAACUUAUAAUGACGUGCAGGAAGAUAUUUGUACUGGCCAAGAUGUCGAAAUAGACUACUCUUCACUUAAAAAGUGAAAGUGAGAUAAAUGUUGGCAC